AUGCGGACUUCCGAGAGCAGCGGCCUAGAGUGCUGCUGGUCUCUGGUGCCCCACGUCCAGGAACAGAACAGCACAGCAACGGCCACCCUAUUCUCGCGUGGUUAUUACUUGAUUUUCUCAGGGACGAAGGACCCAAGUGGGGGCGUCGGGCCUCGAGGGAGGCCCCAAUGGCAGCAGGAUCCUCAUGGCCAGAGCCCUAUGUGGUUGAGCAACUUACAUCUGAAGGAAGAGAGAGUCAAACCAGAUACCAAUGGUACUGUUGUCAAAUCCAGUGAUAAUGUAGAAAAGACAGAUGAAGAGGAGAAAGAGGACAGAGCUGCCCAGUCACUGCUAAAUAAGUUGAUCAGAAAUAAUCUUGUUGAUAACACAAAUCAGGUGGAAGUCCUACAGCGGGAUCCAAAUUCCCCCCUCUAUUCAGUGAAGUCUUUUGAAGAGCUUCGACUGAAACCUCAGCUUCUACAAGGAGUUUAUGCUAUGGGUUUCAACCGACCAUCCAAAAUACAAGAAAAUGCAUUACCAAUGAUGCUUGCUGAACCCCCACAGAACCUGAUUGCCCAAUCUCAGUCUGGUACUGGUAAAACAGCUGCCUUUGUCCUGGCUAUGCUCAGCCAAGUGGAACCAUUGAACAGAUACCCCCAGUGUUUGUGUCUUUCACCCACUUAUGAGCUGGCACUUCAGACAGGAAAAGUGAUUGAACAGAUGGGCAAGUUUUAUCCAGAACUUAAACUCGCUUAUGCUGUUCGAGGCAAUAAAUUGGAAAGAGGUCAGAAGAUCAGUGAGCAGAUUGUCAUUGGCACCCCAGGCACGGUUCUGGAUUGGUGCUCCAAACUAAAAUUCAUUGACCCCAAAAAGAUCAAGGUGUUUGUUCUGGAUGAAGCUGAUGUGAUGAUAGCUACCCAAGGCCAUCAAGAUCAGAGCAUCCGCAUCCAGAGGAUGCUCCCUAAGGAUUGCCAGAUGCUGCUUUUCUCAGCCACCUUUGAAGAUUCUGUGUGGAAAUUUGCCCGGAAAGUUGUCCCAGACCCAAACAUCAUCAAACUGAAACGAGAGGAAGAGACAUUGGACACCAUUAAACAGUAUUAUGUGAUGUGCAGUAACCGAGAUGAGAAGUUCCAGGCCCUUUGUAAUCUCUAUGGGGCCAUCACUAUUGCUCAAGCCAUGAUCUUCUGUCAUACCCGCAAAACAGCUGGUUGGCUGGCAGCUGAGUUAUCCAAAGAAGGCCACCAGGUGGCCCUCCUGAGUGGUGAAAUGAUGGUGGAACAGAGAGCUGCGGUGAUUGAGCGUUUCCGAGAAGGCAAGGAGAAAGUGUUGGUGACUACCAAUGUGUGUGCUCGAGGUAUCGAUGUGGAGCAGGUAUCUGUGGUCAUCAACUUUGACCUGCCCGUGGACAAGGAUGGGAAUCCAGACAACGAAACCUACCUUCAUCGUAUCGGGCGCACGGGGCGCUUUGGCAAACGGGGCCUGGCUGUGAACAUGGUGGACAGCAAGCACAGCAUGAACAUUCUCAACAGAAUCCAGGAACAUUUCAAUAAGAAGAUAGACAGAUUGGACACCGAUGAUUUGGAUGAGAUUGAGAAAAUAGCCAACUGACAAGCAUCGACUAGAAUUGAUAUACACCUUUUACACGUGUAUCUCCAGCUCCAUUUGGACUGUUUGUUUUUCAAAUUGGCACAUCUCUCAGCCAUUCACCAAAAAGGACAAAGGCGGGAAUACACAGGAAUUACCUACCUCAUUUCAAAUUAUGUUUGGACUUAGCAAAAAACAACAAAUUGUACAAAUAAUGGGGGGAGGUAGAGAGAGAAAAAAUGUUUACAUAAGCUCUUAAGAUUAGGCAUGAAUAUACAGAAAUU